AUGUCCUCUUCGAGCGAUGUUUCUAAGGGACGCCGAACUGCAAACGGUCAUAAAAAUGACCACCAGGCACUUGACAAUCAGGUCAACGAAUACCUUAAUGAUAUGAACUACGUCGACGAUGUGCAGAAUGAUGUCCGAAUACACAAUUUCGGGGUUGAUUUAUCAGCUCUCAACAACGAGGACUUCCACAUAGAUCCUUCUAUCACCAACGAAGAUUCAAAACAACAAGAUCAGGAAAACAUAAAUGCAGCUGCAACUGCAGUGGUAGCGUACCAAGAGACUCGGCGAGCUAAGGAUGAGAAACAAUCAGAUAAACCAUCUCACAUCGACGAAAGCAACUCGUUCCGUCUGUUGGAGGUUCCCGAAAACGUGGACCCCAAAAAGAUGUGUCGGUUUUGUGGCAAGACAUUUGCUCAUCCGGGGUCCCUCGGAAGACACCUCGACAAUCGCAAAGGGUCUCCGAUGCAUCCAGCGGACCAGAUUGAACGAAUUCGUUCCAAUGUGGCUAGACGCGGUAAUCCAGAGGAAGUUCGCGCACGCAGGGCAGAAAGGGCGCGCCUUUACAAUAGGAGAGACUAUGUGAAGUUGAAAAAUAGAGAACGACGACGAACACAAAGCAAAAUCUACAGAGUGAGGGAGAACGCGCAAUUACAGUUCUAUAAGAGUAUCAGCACCCCUUCUUUGGCUGCACAUCCUUCGUUUCCGCGUAUGGUGUUAUUUUUCCUUUCUCCGAAAGAUUGGCCGCAUGAUCCUCCAACGUUUCAAACGCAUGAGACGUUGAUCAUGCAUCUCGAUUCAGAUCCCGAAUUACGCAGACGCUUACCAUAUUUAUCGGCCAAUCUGGGAAUUGACGAUUACAAGGACAAGCUGAACACCGCGUUCGAGAACUGGAUGACUUUGUCAAGUGAAGCGAAAAAGGAGAUGUGGAUGCGAGAGCAGCGUCUGUGUGCUCAGGACGCACUAGGCAGUCUAAGUCUAUUUGAUUUUGCAAUCAGAGAGAAAUGGGCUCAUAAGCUGACCAACGAUAAGAGACAGGAGAUACUUCAGAGCAACAAGUCGGAGAGUAUGAGCUCUCCAAAUUACAAUGAGUCCUCUGAUUCCGAUUCCGGUCGAGACGUCAAGGAUGCGCUAUGUCCUGAUGAAUUUGCGGCCGUGGCAGUAGCUGCGGCAGCUGUCGUCAACAAUCACGAUGAGUAA